GUAAUGUCAGGCAUGGGUGGACAGAAAUCCACAUUUUUUUCUGCUUUUGUUGAGCUGUAGACAAUAAUGGGAUGUUCCAGCACAGUGCAAUGUGCAUUUUCUAUCAGUCCGGGCUGUCGCUUUAAGACAACGAUAGCUUUGUGUCUGAUUAAUUCAAUGUACGGCGACGCGUUAGUGGAGAAACCUUAUUAGACUCGCAGCCACACAGAGAGAGAGAGAGAGAGAGAGGAGAGAGAGAGAGAGAGGAGAAGCACAAGCAGCCCUGCGCGCUGGAAGGAUAAUUAGGUUUAUUUUAAAGUUGCCAUUGAAUCGGGGGCGGUUUUUUUUUUCCUCAAGAUGAAGACAUCUUGAGGAUUGGUUUUGGAGUAUUAACAAAAACUCUGCAUCAACGUGCACAAGAUCGGAGCGUUUUUUCUUUUUAAUCACAACACAUCCGAUCAGAGGAGGAGGACAGAAGAUCGGGAGGCAUGUCGUCGGAAAAACACGGUCUUGAUGAGUCCGGCCGUCAGACCAUGCAGCCUCCUCCGUACCUCCCCGGCCCACAAGACCCCAACGUCCCCCAACACCCCCAACAACACCCCCAACAACACCCCCAACAACACCCCAACAUGCAGCCAGCGCCGGGCACCCAACCCAACUACCCUCCUCCUCCACCGCCUCCAGGAUCGGAGGGAUACCUCCAAGAAACCCAGUUCCACUGCGGCCCGAUGGGACCUCAGGGAGCGCCGCAGGGCUACACGGUCCAGACGCAGGGACCCGGAGGCACCAUGCCUCACCCGCCUGUAGGAUACCUCCAUCCUGGUUACCCGCUGCAGCUGCAGCCCUGCACAGCCUACGUACCCGUCUACCCUAUGGCAUCGGGUCAGCCCUACAUGCCCGCCGCGGGAGGCCACCCAGGGAUCCCAGCGGGUCAGAUUCAUCCCAUGCAGAUGCCCCCCAGCAUCACCUUGAUGGACCGCCGGCCGCCUCACGACUACCUGCCCAUCGCCGUGCUCACCACCGUCUGCUGCUUCUGGCCCACAGGCAUCAUCGCCAUCAUCAAAGCCGUGCAGGUGCGCACGGCGAUAGCCAGAGGGGACAUGGUGACGGCGGAGAUAGCCUCCCGCGAGGCGCGCAACUUCUCCUUCAUCAGCCUGGCUGUCGGCAUCGCCUCCAUCGUGCUGUGCACCAUACUCACCGUGGUUGUCAUCAUCGCCUCGCAGCACCACGACGACGAAUGGGAGCCGUAACUCCAACGCAGACGGGGGGAAAUCACGGCACAUGUUAGCUAGCCAACUACUCUCGAUCGUUUUUGAGGAUAUACCGUAGGAGCACUGACAAAUGCAACACAAACUGCUAUGGCGUUUCCUGCCCUCUGUGACCAACUACACACACACAGCUCUGAGUUAACCUGCUGUAACACAACACACACCAACA